GUGCAUUGGACCACUGCCUCGGCUGCGUCGUCUCCCUGGGAGGGGAGAGAGCUGUGUUGUUAGUUUGAACAAAAUGGCUGCAGGAUCCCUGUCAGCGAGAGCGCACUGAACGCGUAUAAUGACUGUCCACUCCUCCGUUUGGAUUCACCGAGAAUGUAUUUUCCUGGAUUCAUUUUUCAACUCGCAUUCGCGCUAGCCAGCUCGUCGGUCAGAUGUUGUGGCUCCAGCUAGCUUCCCAGCUAGCAACCUAAAUCGAAUACAUUUCUUUUUGCACUUUAAAAACAAGUUGGCUCCAUGCGCACUCGUCUGCGCUUUUAAUUCGAAUUGUCUCAAUCUUUCUCCUGCAAAACCUUGUGGUCAAAUCGAUGACACACGCCAACUACAGCGCACACUAUUCAGCUGCUUUCAGAAUAUUUUUUUUGCGUUAGUUUCUUGACCUAUGCUUAUUUCCACCGAUAUAUAUCGUGACGGUGGUUGAACGAACUGAUUCGAGCAAGUGUUACUUUUUGAGGAUUUUCACUGCAAAAAGAGUGGCUGUGUGUGUCUGGCUGUCUAGCCAUUGUUAAACGUUACCUCGGUGAUCCGCCACCCAUCUGCUCACGCAGCAGUCGGCACCCCAGCCUCCGCACGGCGGCCCAGCGCGUCUCCUUACACGUCUCCUUACGGGUACUUUAUCAAGACAAGGUUCAGGACCCUUCCUCUGCUGAAAACCUCCGCCAUACGCCAACACUUCACUGCUGAUGCGCCAGCUGAGAGGAGAGAGUGAAAGAAGAACGAGAACCAUUUGAUGGAAAAAAAGAAAAGGCAAGAAGAGAAAACCAAGACGGACGCCGCUCAGAAAAAGGCUGCUGAUCAGAAAACCAAAGUGCCAGCGCCUGCGGCUACUACGCCGAGCCCUGGCCCGCCCCGCCAUCACCUCCAUCCCUCCAGUCCCACGCCGUCCCUCGCUACCUCUUCCCCCUCCUGCGCUUCUUCCGGCAAUGGCAAGCGUGCCUCCGCUGCCGGCCAUACCCCGAGUCCCGGCCCCCCUCAGCAGCAGCAGUGCCAGACGUCCUCAGCCAGCACCCGCUACCCGCCCCGAGAGGUGCCCCCUCGCUUCCGCCAGCAGGAGCACAAGCAGCUGCUGAAGAGAGGCCAGCCUCUGCCCGCCGGACCCCUCGGAGGCCCCCCCCCGCCCAGCGCCACCUCCAGCGACGCACCUAACGCUGCCAAGCGCCUUCCAGACGCGUCCCUCCAGGUCGGCCCUGGUGCCCAGUAUGAGACAUCCCACUGGGGGGCUCCAUCGCCAAUCAACGCCCCCUCCGGAGCCGGCAGCUGGGACAAAGUGAUCAAGGGUCCAGACACAAAUUCCUGGCCGUCCACCGACAGCGACUCAAAGCACUCGACGGCGUCAGAAUGCCCACUGGGCUGGGCUGACGCGACCACAGACAGCAGCGCCACCACCACCACCACCGGUACUCCCAGCAGCAGCAGCAGUACCAGUCUGAGGAUGGCCACGGGGGCCACAGGCCAGCAGGCCCACUACUCCUCCCUGAAGGGGAACGCCAACAUGAUGCCGGGCCCGGGUCCCAUAGGGGCCAACAGCAUGGCCAGCCGCGGCUGGUACUCCGACGGCAAACAGGACAUGAUGAACGGCGGCCGGACGGGCGGACCGCACGGCUGGGGCACGCCCGGCUUCAACCUGAACCUCACCCCUACCGCCAACCCCUCGGCGUGGCCGGUCCUGGGCCAGGAGGGCGGGGGCAUGGGCCCCAACGGGCUGGCCAACACCGCCUCCCUGCCCCACGGGAUGAACGGGAACGUGGCCAACGGGAUCCUGGGCGAUCCGGGCAAAGGCAGCUACGGCGGCAUGAUGAGCCCCGACGGUGGCGACAUGCAGCGCACCUCGUCCAACGCCAAGAUGUCCUACGGCAUGGAGCCCGCCAAGCCCUGCAGCGACGGACCCAGCCACACUCAACGACAGCAGCAGCAGCAGCAGCAGCAGCAGCAGCAGCAGGCCCCAGAGCCCAUGAGCCCCGCCCAUGGGAUGCCCGGCUGGGGGGGCCAGUCCCCUACGGAGUCCUCCCAGCUCAACGAGGAACUCACGGGCAGCUCUGUGUGGGGGGGCGGGGACCCCAAGCCGGCCGACACCUCCAAGGACUCCGGCUGGGACUCCAACCCCUCGGGGGGCCACUCCGGCUGGGGCCGGCAGGGCAGCGGCGGGGGCAGCGGCGGGGGCAGCGGCGGGGGCAGCGGCGGCGGCGGCUGGGGAGAGUGGGGGAAGCCCCCUGGGGGAGGAGGUGAAGGCACCAAGGGGUGGGACUCGGCCGAAGCCGGGAGCCCGGGGUCCGGCCCGGAGCAGCAGCAGCAGCAGCAGCAGCAGCAGCAGCAGCAGCAGCAGCAGCAGCAGCAGGGUUCCUGGGGGCAGCAGCCCGGGAAGGCCCCCGCCAGCGAGGGUAGCGGGGACAGCACCGACGGGCGUUCCCACCGGGACAGGACCUCCAGCAUGGACGUCUCUCCCAUGCUGCCCCGCCAGGAUCUGGACCCCAGGGUGCUGUGCAACACCGGCUGGGGCCAGACGCCUGUCCGGCAGCACACUGUCUGGGAGAUGGACGAGGCCGCCGCAGACGGAGAGAAGAGCGGCGGCGGCUCAGACAAAUGGGGGGGCUCCUCCUCCAGCGGGGGUCCCUCCAGCGGCGGACAUUCCAGCGGGGGUCACUCCAGCGGGGGUCACUCCAGCGGCGGGCACUCCAACAAUGGCGGGCACAGCGCCGGCGGCCCCUCCAACGGCAGGCAUUCCGACGGAAGCACGGCGCACCCCAACCCAGGCCCCGGCCCCGGCCAUAGGCCAUGCUCCGGGGGUAAGAACGAGAGCUCCGGCGGGCCCUCUGGCUGGGGGGCACCCCCGCCUCAGCCAGCCCAGACCGGAUCGGGAUGGGGUGAACCUCAACCGCCGGCGAGCAAGGCCCCCCACAGCAACAGCAAUGGCGGCGGCAGCAACAACGCCGGCUGGGGCGAGCCCACGCCUGCCAACGGCCCCAAGAACGGAGGCCCCCAGUCCUGGGGCGCCGAGGAGAAGUCCCCCGGCUGGGGCGAGGCCCCCGCAAAGAGCCAGCAGGCCAACUGGGGCGAGGGCCCCAAGAACCCCCAAGGCUGGGGGAACGGCAGCGGAGGCUCCAACGGAUCCAGCACCGGAGAGUGGGGAGAGACGGACAAGAAGAAGAACAGCCCCCGCAACAGCAUGUGGGACGGAGAGGGCGGGAAUGAUGGAGGAGGAGGGGGAGGAGGGGGAGGAGGAAGAGGAGGCGGAUGGAAGGAUAGUACCAGAGGAGGAGGAGGAGGAGGAGGAGGAGGAGGUGGUGGACCCGGGGGUUGGGGUAAGCCUACCCCGGCCGCGGCACCCAACAGCUGGGGGGGAGAGAACCAGCGGGCCAACGGUCCCUCCCAGCAGGGCGGCUGGGGCUCCUCUAAGCCCCAGGAGAGCAGCAGCAGCAGCAGUGGCAGCGGAGGCGGCGGCGGCGGCGGCGGAGGUGGCAUGGGGUCUUGGGGUGGGCCCGGUACAGUGAAGCAGAGCGGCUGGGGAGGCGCUGGGGGAGGCGGUGGAGGAGGUGGAGGCGGUGGAGGCGGAGGCGGUGGAGGCAAACAGGAGCAGGGUGCAGAGUCCACGGGCUGGGAGGAGCCCUCCCCACCCUCCAUCCGCAGGAAGAUGGAGAUCGACGAUGGCACCGCCACCUGGGGGGACCCCAGCGGCAACGGCAAGUCGGUCAACAUGUGGGAUCGCCACCACCCCAGCGGUAACCAGGGUAACGGCGGCCCGCCUCCACCGCAACAAGGCAAGAACGGCGGCAUGUUCAACAACAACAACAUCCACUCGGUCGGCCCCGGCAACCCCAAUCACAAUCACAACCAGCACCACCACCACCCACCCCCUCAUCACAUGCAGCACCACCACCACUCCGGCCACGGACAACCCCCUACUCACCCCCACAACCACGGCAACAACAACGGAUCAACCAACGCCCCCCCACCGCACCAGGGUGGGGGCUCGCAGGGUCGACCCCCCAUCGCCAACCCAGGUUGGGGAGAGCUGCCCAGCAGCGUUCAGGCUAAGUCUGAGCCUGCGUGGGGGGAGCCGGCCGCCCCCUCCUCGGCAGUGGACAACGGCACGUCGGCCUGGGGGAAGCCCCCCGCCGGCAUGGGCAGCUGGGCCGACGGGGGCACGGACCCCUCCGGCCCCUACGGCCGGUCCCAAGGACCCCCAGGCCCUGCACCCUGCAAGCUAGGCCCCAAACCUAUGCAAGACGGCUGGGGAGGCGGCAGUGAUGAGAUGGGCCUGUCUGGAGGCCAAUGGGACCACACCGACGACGGGGACAUGUGGAACAGUCCCACCUCCCAGGAGGGCAGCUCUCCCUGCAACUCCUGGGGCAACGGCCCCAAGAAGAUCCCAUGCAAGAAGAUGAGCAGCAAGCCAGAUGACGCCUGGAUCAUGGGCCGUCUCAUCAAACAGCUGACUGACAUGGGCUUCCCGAGAGAUCCUGCUGAAGAAGCCCUGAAGAGCAACAACAUGAAUCUGGACCAGGCUAUGAGUGCUCUGCUAGAGAAGAAGACGGAGCUGGACAAGCGGGCCAUGACCAUGUCUGACUACACCAACGGCAUGAGCAAGGCACUGGGCUGCCGGCCCUCCGCCCACCCCAAAGACUCCUCCGAUCGCAGUGCUUUCCUUGACAAGGACGGGGGUCUGUCUGACGACGCCCCCCCCUCACCGUUUCUGCCUUCCCCCGCUCUGAAGCUGCCCGGGUCCAACAGCGGUCUGCCCGGCCACGGUCUGGGACAGGGCGGCCCCGCCGGGAUGGCCAUGCAAAACUUGAACAACAGACAGAUGCCCAGUGGAAUGUUUAGCAGUAAUGGAGCAGCACAAGCCAGGGCCAUGCAGCAGCAGCAGCAGCAGCAGCAGCAGCAGCAGCAGCAGCAGCAGCAGCAGCAGCAGCAGCCUCCUCAGCCACCCGUGCCCCUCAGCUCCGCCCAGCCUAGUGUCCGUGCUCAAGUGCCUCAGUUUCUCUCCCCUCAGGUUCAAGCACAGCUCUUGCAGUUUGCCGCAAAAAAUAUUGGUCUGAACCCUGCACUUUUAACCUCGCCAAUAAAUCCUCAACAAAUGACCCUGUUGUACCAACUCCAGCAACUGCAAAUGGCGUACCAGCGUUUACAGAUCCAGCAGCAGAUGAUGCAGGCACAGCGAAACAUGUCCGGUCCAAUCAGACAACAAGAGCAGCAAGUUGCACGUACAAUCAGCAACAUGCAGCAGCAGAUCCAGCAGCACCAGCGCCAGCUCUACCAGGCCCUGUUGAUGAAGCAGCAGCAGCAGCCUCCCUCCCACCUGUCCUCCUCUUCCUCCUCCUCCUCCUCCUCCUCCUCCUCCGCCGGACUGCACCCGUCUGCCAGCCAAGCUGGGGGUCUCGGGAAGUCCCUCCUGGACGCCUUCCCGGGACAGCACCAGAACCCGGGCCUCUCUGACUCUCUGCACAUCAAAGAGCAGGCCUCCUCCCCGGGCAGUGGCUACAGCUCCUACCCUCUCUCUGGACUCAAUCCAAACAUGAAUGUAAACUGCAUGGAGGUUGGGGGCCUCUCUCUGAAGGACCCCCCCCAGCCCCAAUCUCGUUUGUCCCAGUGGACACACCCCAACUCUAUAGACAACUUCUCUGCCAACUCCACACACAUGGAGAACAACCUCAACAAGCACGGGGCCAUUUCUGCUGCCUCCAGCCUGGGCCCCUCCGGGAAGGGCCCCCAGAUGGAGGACUCCUACAGUCCCUACGGCCUGAUGUCCGGCUCCGACUCCUCCACCAACAGUCUGGGGCCACAGGACAGCUGGGGCCAGUCCAAGAGCCCUAACGAGAAGCCCUCCAACGGGAACAACAUCAACUGGCCCCCCGAGUUCUGCCCGGGUGUCCCCUGGAAGGGCCUGCAGAACAUUGACCCUGAGAACGACCCCAACAUGACCCCUGGCAGCGUGCCCAGUGGCCCCACCAUCAACACCAACAUCCAUGACGUCAACAGAUACCUGCUGCGGGACCGCAAUGGAGGCAAAAUGUCCGACAUGAAGUCGGCCUGGUCCCCGGGGCCCAUCACCCACAGCCAGGCGUCCCUGUCCCACGAGCUGUGGAAGGUGCCCCAGGGGCCCCGUAGCAGCGUGGCCCCCUCCCGCCCCCCGCCCGGCCUCACCAACAGCAAACCGGCGCCCUCCAGCGCCUGGGGGAGCAACUCCCUGGGCCUGGCUCAGGGCUGGAGCAGCUCCUACACCUCUGAAGGCGCCACCUGGAGCACCGACAGCCCUCACAGGACCAGCAGCUGGCUGGUGCUGAGGAACCUCACCCCCCAGAUUGAUGGCUCAACCCUGAGGACCCUAUGCAUGCAGCACGGCCCCCUGAUCACAUUCCACCUCAACCUGACCCAGGGCAACGCCGUGGUGCGCUACAGCUCCAAGGACGAAGCCGCCAAGGCCCAGAAGUCCCUGCACAUGUGUGUCCUGGGGAACACCACCAUUCUGGCUGAGUUUGCCGGCGAGGAGGAGGUGAACCGCUUCUUUGCACAAGGCCAGUCGCUAGGGGCGACCACCACUAGCUGGCAGGCCAACCCGGGAACAAAUCAGACCCGGAUGGGCGGGGCCACGCAGGCCCAUCCCAUGAGCCAGUGGGGCAGCAGCUCCGGCGGGGGCGGGGCCAAGUCGGGCGGAGGGGAGCUGCUAUGGGGGGGGGGCGCCCCCCAGUACUCCAGCCUAUGGGGACCCCCCGGGGGCGGAGACGAUACCCGCGGAAUGGGAAGCCCCUCCCCUAUUCACACUCUGCUGCCUGGAGACCUGCUGAGCGGAGAGUCCAUGUAGGACGGCUCCACUAACCCUAACCCCCCCCACACCCCCCCACACCGGGACUCUGGGGCUGGGGCCCCCAGUGGAGGAGAAGGAUAUGGGAGAAAAAAAAAACAUAAACGGACAGUACAGUUUCAUCAUGGCCAGGAGAGAAACCCAAGCAAAUCAUGUGGCGAUAAUCAGUAUCAAUGUAAGCUGUUCUGGCCUGCGAUUGGUGGAUCAGAAGCCUGGGGUCUUCACCAACCGUUCGAGACUGCAGACUUCCAGCUCCUCUGAUUCACCUCCACUCUGCUCCUCCUUUUGAGCCUUUUCUUUACUCUGUUCUUUUUUGUACUAUUUGUUCCAUGGAGGGAAGAAAACGAACAAAUGUGACUUACGUUCCGAACCACACAAAGAGAUCCUUUAAGUGUUUUGUUUUGAAUCUCAGUUCACCCAUGGAUAAUACGUGACACUCGAUGUGAGGUGUUUUUUAAAAAGCAAUCAAAGCUGCCAUUUCAAAACGUUCCUUCUCCCUCAAAACAACAAGAAGCAUAAAAAACCAACCGCUCCCAAACUGAAGACUGAAGAGCGGCCGUGCGCUGCUGGUUCUUCGUGGCCAAUGACGACUCGGUUGAUAAAAAAAAAAAAGAAAAGAAAAAAACAACAAAGAAAAAAAGACAACACAGACCUUUGUACUCGUUCAUGUUUGUUUCUAAGCACUAAAUAUUAAGCCUUAAGUGCUCUCCGGGCCCAGGUUCCUUCCCAAGGCCCACCUCGUUUCCGUUUGUCUCUGAAGCUGAAGAAGUAGCUGAAUACUUGCACAGUUCCAACUCUGAGCCAGCAGGUGGCGUGGGACACGAUUGGUGACCAACCAUGUUACUGGGGCGACCGAAGAAGAAGAAGAAAAAAAAAAAGACUGGUCCUAUUGGCUGGCCCUGCCAGUUUGAUUAGUGGUCUCAAAGGGAUUGACACUGCUGUUUGUUUCUGGGUUCGAAUCUGUUGUUGUUUCGUUUGCCAACCUGUAUCGGCAAAAGUCCGUUGUUUUUUUUUGCCCAAUAUCUAUUGCAACUUAAUACGCUGAAAGAAGAUUAUUCGCAGACCUAGCUUGAGUGUUUUUUCUUUUCAUGUGCGUGUGUUUGUACGUUUGUGUGUGUGUAGUACACACACACACACACACGCUUGUUCGUCGGGUGGCAACUAAUCAACGUCUGACAGUAUCCUGUACUGCUCGGACGAACGUGGGCGCCGAUGGGUGCCUCAUCAACUCUGUGAUCUGCCCCCUGGGGACCAGACAGGUCCCCACAUCACUUCAUCUUGUUGUGACGAUUAUGACAUUGUGCAAUAUUUACACACACCACAGACUCCUCUUCCUUGCGUUACAAAGUCCACCAAUGACGAGCACUUAACCAUUGGAUCACUAUUUUUUUUUUUACCUUUUUGAAACCAUGGGGGGGGGUUUUGGAUCUAGCGAAACCAGACACCCAGCCUACCGGGCUGAACACGGAACCCUGAACCCCCCCCCCCUCCUCUCUUGUUGGACAGACUUUGCAAAGAGGAAGAAGCCAGUGUUGUGCAUUGGUAUAUGAACUGGACUGGAGAGCCUUGAGUGGCUCGUACAUCGCAACGCACAACUUUCCUCCUCAAAGUGUGAGUGCCCCGCGGACAUGACCCCACACAGGCUGACCCCCCCCCCCCCCCCCCCCCUCCCGGUCGGGACGGCUGGUUCCGGGUAUCAGGCACAAUACCAAAUAAGAUGGGUUCUCACAAUGCAGUAGACCGACGAGUGUUCCGUGCAUUUGGUACUGUACAAAAAAAAACUUUUAUAAAUUCAAAGGGUUCACUUAUGAAGAGCAAAGUCGAUUCAACUGCAAUCCAAUAAAUCAAAAGGAGCAGCAAAAAAAAAUACACAAAUGUAACAAAAAGAAGAAAGGUGAAAUAUGCUUCUCCUAUGUACUGUACGUACUCCUGGACGAGCAUCCAAGACGAAGGGAAUCAAAACGAAACUGAACAAUGUUUGACCGCAGUGUUUGAUUUCCCUUCUUUUGGGAGUUUUCCUUUUGGAUUGGUCACGCAACAAUAUCAAAGUGAAGAUCACUGUUACUCCGGACGUGGAGCCUGGUUCUGCUCAGAAGAGCUGCAACGUUUCUGGUCUCCGGCCCCGCCCCCCCCUCCCCCCGUCGCCCAGUUCGAGGGGAGAGGUGUGGGGGGGGGGGGCUACGGGGGCGGGUCCACAGAGUGCCUCUCGAUGCGGUGCCCCCGCUCAGUUUGUCCUGUCAGAAGGGCGACCCCAGCACAGCACUUCCUGUCAGAACCCCCCCCCCCCAAGACCACCAACACAACUUCAGCCUGGCGGGAAAUGGCUGCUGCGAGGCCAGCCCAACGUUUUUUGGGGCCUGGCGCCUCACAAGGCACUUUGGGUCCUGCUUGACCCUCCCUUCCCCUAGCUCCUCCCCUCACCCCCCUAAGCUCCUCCUCCCCAGCUCCCUCCCCCAGUUCUUUGACACAAUGAUCACUUUAGCUUGAAGAUGGAACCGUAAUGUUUAUGGGUUAUUUGCCAAUGGGUUAUCUUUUGUAUGUUUUUUGUCUUCUUUUUUUCAGACUAUCCUUUUUAUCGCUGAUGUGUUCAUGUCCUCAUGUGCGUACGUGUCUCCAUGCAGUGGUGGUCCGGAGGCUGCUGGUGCAGAACACUGUGUGGGAGGGGCCUCUGUGCGAUCAUCCUGUGUAACUGAAUGCAAAACGAGGGUCACUACAGACCGUUGUUGAUUGUCUACACUUUGGUUUUUACAAACUGAUCAUGCUUUGUGUUGGACAGUAUUCUGUUGUACCUCCAAGCAGUGUCUUUGAGAUGUGCAAAAAAAGAAGAAAAAAAAAAAGAAGAAAAAACAAUUGAAAACAAAAAAGGACUAAUAAUGAGCUGUCUCAAGGGGGCUGGAGGGUCUGUUGCUUCAACGCUGCUCCUCCUGUUCCCAGGCUGACCCCCCCCCCCUCUUAGCCCCGCUGCACUCCACUUAGCUGCUACGCUUUACAAACCCUCUCCUCACCACCUCCCAACAAACUGAUCAAUCCUGUAGUCCCUCCUUUAUAACCACGGGAAUCACGGCUCCUCGCUCUGUUUCUAUGCAAAACACUAGAGUCCUAGAGGAAGCCCAAUGUAACGAUCUACUCACGCUGACUAUCAUCAGUACUGCACUCUGACUCCGCCCACGGUUAGACCACACCCCUGACCCCCCCCCGCCCUCCUCCCCUCUCCCCCUUUUUUUCGCACAACGCUGAAAAAAAAUAAUAAUGGCGACUGUCACGGUCAAAUUCGGGCCCCCCCCCCGUGCGCCGAUAUUCCAAACCGAUCGGCUGGGAGGAAGGCCUUUUUGUUGCGUCAGCGCUGACGUCACCUUCUCCAUCAUCUUGAUCUCAGGGUAAGAAGAGUUGAUGAAGCUAAAUCCCAGGCGGCACCGCGCCCACCCCACCCCCUCCACGACGCGGUGGUACUGUGAGAGCCGUUGAAACGGCGGAUCCCUGCGUGAAAAAACUAGGAAGAGGACCUAGCCUCUCGUCUGGAAGACUAUCCUAAUCAGUCACAGUGGAAGGGGUGGAGGGUCCACUAAUCUGUCUCGACCCAAGAGGCUUGCAAUUUCACCGGUUCGUUUGACUGGAAAGGGGUGGUGUUGGGGGGGUCCUACAUGCAAGUGACCCCCCCCCCCCCCCAAACAUAUAAAUGUGCCAAUACAAAUGUGCUGUGUGUUCAGAGGGCACCUGGCACCUUGUAGUGGAGGCCCAGCCAGGAGGGGCAGGCCCCACCACUGAGACCCAGUGUGGAGGGUUAUGCUCUUCUGGUUC